GUCAGUAGUGUGUGCUUGGAAAACUUCAUGUUACGAAGAAAAUGGUCCUCAUAUGCGCUUGGGGAACGUGCAAUUCUGAUGAAAGAUAUCCUGCUAGGUUACAAACCGCUUGAUUCAUUUUCCAAAGCCUAAAACAGUUGACGAAGUGUCUACGAUGGAUGAAGGCUCCCGGAAGAGCGCACGCGCAACAAAAUGUGAACAAUAUCAACAAACAAGGAUGCAUGUUUGAAGCCCGUCUCCUCACUGGAAUCCAAAUUCAUCAAGGCCACAAGAUGUUCCUAUUUUGAGUACAUUUGCUACGCCAAAAGCAUGCCGCUGUGCAUCUUGCGCCGUGUUCUGUUGAUGCUCUGCUGGACCGGCUGCUGCCGCCGCUGCGCGGGCCUGCCCGAUUCUCCUGGAUGGUGGCCGGAAGCCUCGAUCACAGCGACGAAGAGGCCGGUGGCUGCCGCCGAGGAUGGAGGAGAAGGCAGCCCGACUCCCCUGCAGAGACGCUCGACAGUGGCCGCCCUGCUGCCGCGGAGAAACACGGCCUGCUUCCAGGAAGACCUGCUGGCCGCCAUGCGUGAGGCUCUGCGGGACGACGGCCAGCUGACGCUAGGCGGUUCCGCCUUAUUCGGGACGUGUGCGGCGUCUGGGAAUUUCACGGUCUUGUCGGACCUGGUGAAGGAUGUCAAGCAAGGACGUGGAAUUGAGGUCCUGCACCCCUCAGAAGUGUUUUUGAUGGAGGAGGCUGGGGAAGUGCUGACCCUCAACUUUGGCAUCCCCCAAUCUCCUUUGCUCCAACACAAUCCCAAUCCCGUGCUGCUUUUGGCCUUGGGAAGUCCCGUCAGCGGAGGCGUCCCCGAGGAGAUCACCUUCGUCAGUCGCUCUCUGCAGCCCAACGCACAGACUAUGUGCAUAUCAGAAGGAUCGCAAUACUUUCUGCUAACAGGAAAAGCGUCACCGGUACCCCAAAGAUGGAUGAUCUCCAUUGACGCAAAAUCCCCUGAUAUGAAGAAAAGGAUGAAAGAACUCCUUGUGGGUGGAAGUACAAGAAGAAGUAGCGUGGCAGCAGUUCUUCUUUUCUUACGUGACGAAGACGCCAGUCGCAAAGUUCCCAGCUCAUCCCGAACGCUCUCCUUCUUGUGCGAGCUGCGGCGCUUCCUGAGCGACACCCUGCCCCGGAACCGUCUGGACUCUCCCCCGCUGAGGCUGGACUCCCUGCAGGCUCUCCCCCCGGUCACGCUGGGCCCGUCCUCCAGCGAGUCCGCGCUGGCCGAGCUCAUCAACUCGUCGGCACCGACCAUCUUCUCCUUCACGGGCUCCAGGUAUCACGUCCACCGGGGGGAGCUGGCCAUGCCCCCCGACCUGCUGGACCAGCUCCGUCACGGCUUGGAGUUGAACCUGCUGCGGAUCAGGGGGGUUCUGCGGGACAAAGACGGCGGCCAGAGGAGCAUCAAGAGACUCCAGAGGCUCUGGGAUCUCUGCGACUUUCCCAAGGUGGACUUGCCAUCAGGAGAAAGCCAGUACUGCGCGUUCCUCCUCUUGAAGGCUUUGAAGACGGUGGGCCGCGAGACGUCGCCGCAACCGAGGGCCACCCGCGCCGAACCCGGGCCCGUGGCCGGGGAGACCGCGUGCCGCUUGAAGAGCCUCACCGUGUGCCUGGAGAGUUUCCUGGUGGGUCCCAACACGGCCAACAUCAACAACUGCCACGGCAGGUGCGCCUUCCCGCUGGUCAACACCAAAAACCACGCCGUGCUGCUCAACUCGCACAUCGAGCGGGGCGAGGCGGCCGAGCGCUCGCCGUGCUGCGUGCCCACCGCCUACGAGCCCCUGGAGGUGGUGGACCUGAACCAGGACGGCACGCAUCUCACCACGCACCCGGAUAUCGUCGCAAAGCAAUGCGGGUGUCGCUAACAUGCAGGCUGCCGGUCGGUGGCCACCGCUUGGAUGUCAUCACGUCGUGCAGCUGGAGCUCCCGCGACCGGUCGCCGUCGCUCGUUGACCGCAAAUGUAUAUUUUCGAGCCGAGACUGCUUUCAUUUACGUUUAUUCACAAAGUUCUGCUGCGUAUAGGAACAUGUCGUAGCCGUCCAACCACCUUGUAAAGUACACUAUUUAUAAUACCGCCUACAGCAAAUAUAUCACCUCAUAUUUACACACAAAAUUUAUGAACUCCUUUUCGAAUCAGAAAUCGAGGGGAACGUGUUCAACUAUUGUCAAUGUUGGGUCACAAAAAUGCUUGUGAUAUCUUAGUUUUUAUUCAUGAUGUGACAAUUUGAUAUUUUUGUCCAGAUUUGAUUUGCCUUCGCAGGCCAUAUAAAAUCACGCGGCGGGCCGGAUCUGGCCCACGGGCCUUGGGUCUGACACCAACGGCCCAAACUGUCCAAAUGGUACCUGGAUCGAAUUAGGCAAAAGGAAGUAGAGUUAUACAUGAAGUUCGGAACACCCUGUAAGUAUGUAUGUCUUUCGGCUUGUCCCGUGGAAUAGACAUGCUACAGUAUACCCGGGGAUUUUUUUUUUUUUUCUUAAUUAUUCUAUGAAAAGCUACGAUUAGUCUUCACUAAAAUAAAAAGGCUUACCGACCUACUGUUAUCUAUUAAUUAAUUGCAAAGUACGCUAUGUCACUGAGACGGGACGUGGAUCAGUCCAUCACUGUUUAGCAGUUUUAGGUUUCAGGACGGCUUUACCGCCGAUGGGCUUUUUGCGUCUCCUUAUGGCUCCAAGUUCUUCAGAACCCCACCAGGUCACCAACUUGUCCCACAAGGAGAUCUGGACGAGAAAGACGUAAAAGCGCAAAAAUGUCACCACUUUUCCAGCGUUUUCAAUCUGGCUUGGUGUGCCUGCUAAAAUGUUCACUUUUUCACUCCCUGAUGUAAAAGUUAAUAAAGUCGUUGCAUCACAAAACUAA